UUGGAGCGAGAGGCGGGUUUGGGGUCGCAGUUUCUGAGCUCGUGCCGGAGGCGGGAGCCGGGAGCUUUCUCGCGUAGGUGGCAGCGGCUUUUUCACGUGGUGUUCUGCCUGAGACCGAGGCAGGUGCGCCACGGGCUCCCCAGCCGAGGCCUGGCUGUGGCUGGGGAGACAGUGAAAGACCCGGCUGGACAGGCCGGACCGGGCUCAGCACCGCAGGCUCAGACCCAGCCUUUAAGGGGAGAGGCCUGAGAGAAGAGCCCAGAGCGGGGCUGGGGCUUCAGUGAAGCGACGCUGACGCUCAGAAAACUGCUGGGAGGUGGUGGCGCGAGGUGGGACCCAAAUGCUGGAGGAAGGAGAGCCACCUUCUCCAGAUCCUGCCCUUCCACAAGACGAAGGCACAGAAGAGGAAGGAAUGGCAGAUGGUCUCCUCACAGCUGGGCCCCAAGGAUCCACACCUUUCAACAGUGUGACCGUAGCUUUUACCCAGAAGGGAUGGAGGCAGUUGGCCCCUACUCCGAGGGACAGGUUCAAGGAAGGGAUGCCAGAAAAGUCCAGAAACCUGGUCCUACUGGGACUUCCAGUCUCCCAGCCUGGUAUGAACUCCCAGUUGGAACAAAGGGAAGGUUCAUGGAUGCUGGAGAGAGAAAGCCUAAGGAGUACCUGUCCAGAUUGGAAGAUUGUAUCUGAAUCACCACCUGAACAAGACAUUUCUGAAGAACCAUUCCAAGACCCAAGUGUAGAGAUGCCCUCUGGGGAUUCAGAUCACAGAAACAGUGAACUGGGGAAGAGUUUCAAUCUGAGACCAGUUCUUUCUCCACAGCAGAGAGUUCCUACGGAAGGGAGACCCCGUAAAUGUGAAACGCACACAGAGAGCUUCAGGAAGAAUUCAGAUAUAAUUAAACCUCACAGAGCGAAGCCAUACAUAUGUAAUGAAUGUGGCAAAGCCUUCAGUUACUGUUCUUCCCUUUCUCAGCACCAGAAGAGCCACACUGGGGAGAAGCCAUAUGAGUGCAGUGAAUGCAGGAAGGCCUUCAGCCAGAGCUCAUCUCUUAUUCAGCACCAGAGGAUUCACACCGGAGAGAAACCUUAUAAAUGUAGUGAAUGUGGAAGAGCCUUCAGCCAGAAUGCAAACCUUACAAAACACCAGCGAACUCAUACCGGAGAAAAGCCCUACAAAUGUAGCGAGUGUGAGAAAGCCUUCAGUGACUGUUCAGCCCUUGUUCAGCAUCAGAGAAUUCACACUGGAGAGAAGCCUUACGAAUGCAGUGACUGUGGGAAGGCCUUCCGCCACAGUGCAAAUCUUACAAACCACCAGAGGACUCAUACAGGGGAGAAGCCCUACAAGUGCAGCGAAUGUGGGAAAGCCUUCAGCUACUGUGCGGCAUUUAUUCAGCACCAGAGAAUCCAUACAGGGGAGAAACCCUACAAAUGUAAUGCAUGUGGGAAGGCCUUCAGCCAGAGUGCAAACCUCACAAACCACCAGAGGACUCACACUGGAGAGAAACCCUACAAGUGCAAUGAGUGCGGGAAGGCCUUCAGCCAAAGCACAAACCUUAUAAUCCACCAAAAGACCCACACUGGGGAGAAGCCUUAUAAAUGUAAUGAAUGUGGGAAGUUCUUCAGUGAGAGCUCAGCCCUUAUUCGACAUCAUAUAAUUCACACAGGAGAAAAACCCUAUGAGUGCAAUGAGUGUGGAAAGGCAUUUAACCAGAGCUCAUCCCUUAGUCAACAUCAGAAAAUUCACACUGGUGUGAAACCUUACGAAUGUAGUGAGUGUGGGAAGGCCUUCAGGUGUAGUUCAGCUUUCAUUAGACAUCAGAGACUCCAUGCUGGAGAGUAACUGGGAACAUAACCAAAGUGGAUGGGGACCUGACAGGUAAUCUGAAGGCAUCUGGGGACAUCUGACUUUAAGUCUAGCCCAGAGCCACAUGCAAAAGCACCUUUAAUAAAUAGUCACUAUUUUACAUGUUGCAUCUGGAAGGUCUCAGGUGCUCUUCUUUCUCAACAUCUUCUUAGACAACCCAACUCCAAUUCAGUUUUAAAGACUUACCUUUAAUUCAGUGGUAAAAGCACUCCAGAAACGUUGAUUUAUAAAGAAUGAGUGAAAGACCUGGUUCCUACUUAAAAGGCCAGGUAUUUGGCAGUGGUCUGGUUGUAGUAGUCUCUGCUUGAAUGAGGGCUGUUGCAACAGGAGAAUCAAUGUUAGCCAGGAACGAGUAUUUCCCAUAGUGAAGCCACUGAGGUUUAAGAUUUGGGGGAGUGAAUUCAAGUGAGGAAGGGGAUUCUAUAGCCAGCUGUUACUAGAAUGGGGCUGGGGGAGGGAUGCUGAAUCUAGACACAGCUGCACACAACCUGCACUUUGAGCUGCUCAAAUGCUCUAUUCUAGUUACUGCUGUCAAGAAAAGACCGAGGAAGGAUAGUGAGGUUGAGGGUGCAGGAAGAAGCUAACGAAAUCCCUCAGCAAGGCACAUACCUUUAAACGGAGUUCUUAAGGGAGGGAAGGCUAACAAAACUGGGGCAACAUGACGGCAGCCAUGCUUUCCCUGGCUCAGAGGCAGGUGAGUCAUUUUUUACUUUCCCCUCUUGCUGACAGAGUAUCUUUUAAAUCAAGCUCUUUAGCCUGUUGGCCUGCUUCCUUUCUCCCUUGCACCCAAAUGGUGUAGAUCUCAUCUCAGCACUUAUAAACUGCUGUGAGCUUACUUGGUUUUUGGUUAGGUAAGCCUGAUUUGAGACUCCCCAUUACUGGUCUACUGUAAGGUAAGCUGUUUGUACCCUCAGCCAUCACCCAAGGCCUCUAGCUUUGUUUCCUUGCCGACUUGCCCCGUGUCCUGGAAUGUUCCUCACUCCAGCGGAUCUCGGGCAGUCCUUUCCACUAAAGCAGUUUUCCACCCCUGCUUGCACCUGUGACUAAAAACCACCUAAACCACCAUGACCAAGUGGGACAGCCAAGUGACCAAUGGCAGGGAAACAAAGUUCUUGGUGCCGGUCAUUCCCAACUCCCUUUAGGCUAGUGCCCAGAAGCCCCUUCCAGGUGGUACUUCAGGCUGCUCGAGUAGCUUUGUCUCAGUGUCCAGGUGUUUGAGGUUCAUUCAUUGCAUAUCAAAUAAGGUGAAAGUGAGUGAUGAGCUCUAGAAACUCAAAAGGAACAGAACUAAGGAAAAGACAAGGGAGAGGCUUAGGAAAGAUGAAAGCAUUCAUUAGAAAAUAGUCUGUGACUGGUUUAAAGCAAACCAGGGUAGGGCUAGGAGCUGCUAACUACAGAAGAGGACUUCAGGUUCUUUGGUUGUCCCAUCAGUGGUUCUGAACCACAGCUGUACACUGGAAUGGAGAGCAAAGCCUUGAAUCAUGGGCCCUGGGCCCAGAACCCACCAAAUGAUUAAACUGGUUUGGGAUGAAGAGCUCCUUCCCUAAGUAUUUAUUAUGUUUAACUCCCCAAGUUUUCUUUCUGACCAAGAACUUUUUCUUGAGGAGCUCCAUGAAUGUGUCUCCAAAAGCAGACUUCCUUUCUAGGUAUUUUCUGAGCUAGUCCCAUACAGGACAGAAAUGUGUUGUCCACAGAUUGCUGCUCCAUCCCCAGAUUCUGUCACCCUGGCCUCAAUGACCACCAUUUGACCACAAAGCCUAGGCUCCCCCAAGGAAGAGGCCACAUCAGAAAGUCCACUGGUUGUCAAAUAACCCUUUAUUAUUUUUCUUGCAGUUCUUAACUCUGUGGAAAAGAAAAAAAAAACACUCAGUAAUAAGACAAAAAAACCUUAUCUCCCAGCCCCACUAUUGAGCACUUCUAGAAUUUUCCACCUUUUCCCCAAGGAUACAUUAGUUAGCUUCCCCUCCAGUUUUCACCCUAAUUUUAAGCAAAGCAAUGCAUAAGUCACUUACAGCUGGACAUUCCACUGCACCACUGUUGAUGUCUUCUAUGAUGUCGUGAGGGUGGCGGCCAUCAACAUUGCAGCCCACAGACUGGGCGGUCCCCAGGAUCUCUUUAAUGGUUCCUAUAAUUAAGAAAAAGUGGAAUCAGAGGGACUGUCAUCCCUCACAAUCCUCAGAUACCAGUGGGGAAAUACAGGCAAGGAGAGGAAUAACUAUUUUAUGGAAUACAGGAAUAAUCAUCACUGCUCCCCUAAUCAAAAAUUCAUAGCUCCAUAUAUUUAAAAGCUCCGAAUGCAAAAAUGUCCACAGGUCCUAUGAUACCAGAUUCUUUCAAACCCAGAAAGACACCACACCACAAUUUCAGGUCUUACAAAAUAAAGUCUCCUCUAAGUGGGAAAAUGCCACCAAGUGAAUACAUCUUGCUUGACAAUUAGGUGGCCCCAUACUGUUCCCUUCUUACCAGAGAGUUCUCUAGCUAAAGAUCGAUGCCGCAUCUGUCGGGCAAUGCUGACAAUCUCAUCAAAAGUGAUGUUUCCACUGUGCUUAACUGCAGAAAAUAAAAAACAGCAAAAGCUUUGUUACCACCUGAGGCCAGAGCAGACCAGUCAGUCUUCCCUCACCCAUUUCUAACCUGUUCCCAUGCUUUCGGCACAGAGUCAUCCACAUGAAGAACAACCCUGUUUCCUAAGCUGGGGUUUAGUAUCAGCUCACCACUGGAUUGCACCAGCCAACAGAAAACUGGUCAGGUGCAGUGGCGGGUGGCUAGGGACAAAAUCAAGUCUUUGCUAACCUUAUGUGGAAGGGACUGUUUUGCAGAGGAGAAAAAACAUGCUGAAGUGACUGAGGUUGAUUAAAGCUGUCCAUAGGGUCUGUCAUCCAGCUAGGAAGCUGCUCUUUCUUGAUUACUGGUUAUCUUUCUCAAGUUUCUUCACCCUGCCUGAACAUGUCCCUCCUGCAAGCGUUGAGUGGGAUCUGUUCCACACCAGGGACUGGGGAGAGCCACAUGGCACUUCUUGUGUAUCAAACACUGGGCACACAGUACCACUCACAUACUACCAGGGAAAAAGCCACUCACUGUUUUUCUGCUUCUUUCUGUCUCUUGGCGGUUCCUUGAGGGCUUUGAUGAUCAGGGCAGAGGCAGAAGGUACCACCUCAAUCUGCGGAAGAGAUUCUCAAUGGGAAUAACAUACCCUACCCCACCCUCCAAUGAGAACCACCCAUACUACCGUGCACCUUGGCUCUCAGAAUCCAUGGGCCAGAUGCCACAUUUACUGUACAUUCAGGUUAAUUUUCAUAACCUGAAACACGUCCUACCCCAGCAAACAUAAGUGAUUUACCCAGUGUCUCAAAAGUGAGAAGAGUUAAUAUCUGACCCGUGCUCUCAAAAGCUUUCCCCACAGAUAAAAUUGCUCUUACCUCACCACUGGUGGCAGGUGACCAUGUCAGCAAAAAACCUUCCUCCCAGGAAUCCCUACCUCUGCCCUCCCUCAAACCAAGUACCUGGGCCUGUCGGUUCUGAAUGGUCAGUUUCACUGUAAUCCUCAGACCCUUCCAAUCACCAGUUGCCUUGGCGAUGUCAUCACCAACUUUUUUUGGAGACUGCAGAAAUAAAAGGUAUAUAAUCACACCAUGCCCUACAUCGAAGCAGUCUGAAAAUCUGCCCAGUCCUCCUCACUUGGCAGCACAAGCAAGCUGUUUGAAACACGUUCAACUUUGCCUGCCCAAUCAAGGCAUGGCUAUCACCAGACUAAACUGGAAAACCGAGGCUGCAGGUUUAGUUGGUCCAGGGCUGUGAACUGCGGGUUCAAGGCCACAAUGGGACCAGGGCCCUUAUCUACCUACCCUCUCCUAAGGACCUAUGUGGUUCUUUUCAACUCUCUUACACUUGAAUCACCGGGGGCCUCUUUAAAGACACCAGGUCCUUGUGUCUGACCAACCCUAGUCAAUCUGUGGGGAUGAGGUCUGGGCAUUUGCCCCUUUACAGUUCCCUGAACAGGAGAGAUGUCCAGUGAGUGCCAGCUGAGCUAAGGGCCAAGGGUAAUGAGGACACUGCUUAAGCAAAACCAUGGUGGGAGAGCUUUUCAGACAGGAGACCACUGCUCAAGGAAUAAAGGCCUGAUUAUAUUCAAGAAAAAGGAAGUUCAGUAAAGAGUAUAAAAUGGAGGAAAAAGCAGGUAAAUAAGUCUGAUCCUAGGUAAAGCUAAUCACAUUAAUCAGUAGGUUCAGAGCAGAGUUGUUAAUACAAGCUACUGUAACAUUCACCGAGAUCCUCAUGUCACACCCCAUUUUAUCUUCCCAGCAGCCAUAUGCCCAUCUCCCUAGGAAACAGGCUAAGUAGGCUAUGCGGUGUCACUAAGCCACUCCUAACUUCAAAAACCUCCUCUAUCCCGUCUCUCGGGGACACUAAGAGCAGCAGCUAAGAGGCACUGGAAAGUUACAGGUUCAAGGUACCAGGUUCCAUCUUUACCUACAACCUUUCUGUGACGGCUAGUGCCAGUUCAGGCCUAGCCGGGGAUGGCAAUCGCUCACUGUCAGGGGCACCUCAGACACAAUCGUGUUCGCACAAGCCAGAGUCGAACUCUGCUCUCCGCAUACAAAAAGCGCCCCUCCACAAGGAUGACUUACCAGACCCAGGGGGCCGAUCUUGGGGGCCAGGGCAGACGUGGCACCGACUUCGCCACCGGUGCACCUCAGGUACACUGGGAGAAGGAAAGGAUCAGUACCUCCGCAAGGGGAGCCCCCAGGUCACAGCCCUCCCAACGCAUCUUUCCGGGCCUGGCCACACCACCUUCUGCCUCUUC